UAAGAUUUCCGUGUUGACUAAGGAACCAUAAUUAGGGAGCUGUUUAGGUAUAGAGACUACGAGUAAACUCAAGAACGGCAUGAUCGAUUGGAAUGUUUCCUUUUGAAAGUGAAUUCAAUUCAGGCCUAAAGUUUGUGUGAACCGACCCUAAGUCCAAUAAAAGCCGCGUGGCGGCGCUGCUGUCGUCCAAUCGAUAGGCGACCGGUUGCCAGGCAACGAUCGUAUUGCAAAAUAAACAAUCAAACAAUCACAACCGGGGAUCGGCCGAGCAAAUUUACUUUCUUAUUUUAUUACUUGUGUCAACAUUUUAGAUUGAUAUUGUCCGAUUAACUGAUUAUUUAUUAUAUUUAACACGUGUUUUAGAAGUUUUUUUUAUGGAUCUAUACUGAAACGUCACAGUCUAUGCCAAUAAUAGACAGAGCUAUUGGUAGCAAAAGUGGUAAUAAAGUGGAAUAAGUUUUGUACGAACAUUUCCUGUCUAUAUUUAACUUAAGUCAGAGUCAGUAUGGUGCUGUUACCGCCUUGUGCCCCUGAAAUAUGUGGGAAGGAUUUCCGGAACACCUUGAGGAAACCGAGCCCUAACUAUCCUUAUGGGAGUAAGACCAAAAAAUUCCGAAGUGUUCCUGCAUUUACUAUACAGGCAAUGCAAAAGAACACGAAGGUGAUACCGCCUCCGAAAAGCGGCGUUUACGACCCCCUGCCUGCGAGACCCACGAUGUUCAGGAGUUGCUAUCAGAGAGGGGAGUUCCCCGUCUCCAUUGAGUUCACUUCCAGUGGAAAACAACUCUCUUGGAAGGUGCCAAUAGAAAAGCUGGACUUCCAUCACUACCUGCCGAUGUUCUUCGACGGUCUUGCAGAGGGUACAUACCCUUACUCCUUCAUAGUGGAGCGUGGCAUCCACGACCUCGUCACCAAGGGCUCGUAUAAGAUACUACCUGUUGUGCCACAACUUAUUAUACCUAUCAAAAAUGCGUUUGCAACGAAGCGACCCGUCGUCCUGUGUCACACUCUGAAGUGUAUUCAGAUGAUUGUGCUGGGUAGCGACAAGGUGGGCGAGGCACUGGUGCCCUACUACCGGCAGAUAUUACCGAUACUCAACCUCUUCAAGGGCAGAAACCGAAACUUGGGCGCCGGCAUAGACAACACGACGACCCGAGAUGAGAACGUGGCAGAUUUGAUUGAAGAUACGCUGCAAAUCUUGGAGAGGCAUGGUGGCCCCGAUGCGUUCAUCAACAUUAAGUACAUGGUGCCCACAUACGAAUCGUGUGUGUUGAAUUAGUUUGUCGUAAAAUUUGGUUCGGCACAAAUUUCUAUAGCAAUCUAUGUUUGUACGUCUAAAAUUGUCUAAGUUGUUUUUUUCACUAUCAUUUAUUUUCACUUAUCAGAUAUAUUGUAUCUAAUAACCGGUACAUACCUUCAGUUUUAAAUGCGAAAUAUUAUGUAACCGAAAUUUCAAUCAAUCAAAUCAUUACAUAUAACUGCACCUACAGUUAAAAUUGACGAACACUACACAUACACAUGGUCUAAAAUCCGGCUUAAGGAAAAUAAUACCCUCAUGUGUUAAUUAUUUGGGAUAAGAAAUAAAUGAUAGAAAAUAUUCACAACGACUUAUUGUAAAUAAGUUGCCUAGUUAAAUUGCGGCCAAACACAUUUUUUAUACAAAAUAUAGGAUACCAUGAACUAGCUCAAAGGCAAACUAAUACAGAAAAAAUAAGCAUAGAAUAAGCUUUAAAUUGAUAUAUUAGACGACUAAUAACAGAAGAGGGUAUUUGUUUAACAUUAUUUAAAUAUUUAUAUCUGGCAACCCCACAGUUGCGUUGUGAAAGCGUUUCCAUUCUGUUUGAUACAUUCUUUUAGCUAACGAUUUUUAUAAUACGAUAUUUUUUUUUUUAAACAAAAUAAAUUCAAAAAUAAUAAUAUUCAUUUAAUACUUACCGGGCGCAAUUUUACUAUGCAACCUAUUUGUAAUGUGUCAAAGUGAAUAUUUUCUAUAAUUUAUUUCUAACAUGAACGAUUUAACUAUACAGUUUGACCGAACAGUUGAAACUGCACGUAUGUAGCACGAUUACACGAGUACAUAGUACAUUAAUAACAAGUUUCUGCUUAUUUUUGUUACAACUUUUCUUUAUUUUUGGAUGUCAAUUAAAGGAAGGAAUAUUAUUUUAUUGUUACAUUUGUGUGUUUUUGUGAAAAAGAUAUUACGACUUCGCCAUAAUUCAUUGAACAACUGUAGUUUUAUCGCUAAAACUCUGUAAUUUCAUUAAAAUUCUGCGCAAUACCGGCUUAAAAGCCUAAAAAGAAACACUAGUGAAUAUUUAUUGCCCACUUCACUUACUACAAACUUUUCUACAAAGGCGGUCUGAGUUUGCAAUAUUUAAAUGUAACCCCGCGUAAAGAUGAAUUGCUUAAACGCCACAAUUGAAUUAAAAUUCCUCACAAUAAGAAUUUGUGAGUGGGCGCGCGCCUUAAUGAAAUGCCACUAAAUAAUUGAUCUCAUUUAUUGUAAUACCCAUUGCGUUCUAACGAAUUUAUUAGCUUUUUGUUGUUUAUUUUAUUUUAAUUUUUGAUUUAUUGUAAAGCAGUUUUAUUUAAAUAAAUUAUUAUUAUUAUACAGUGUAAAAAAACUUCAUAAUUGAAUACUCGUAUUAUGUAAUUAGAUAUGUAAACCUUCUUUUUUAGUUUUGAGUUUCGCCAUAUCUGUCUGUCUGUCUGUCCGUCCGUCCAUCCGUCUGUCCGCAGUUUAGCGCAGAGACUAUUACUAUUAGAAAGCUGUAAAGCAUUACAUAAAGAGUUAAUUUGCUAGCUUAAUCUACGGAACCCUACACUAUGCGUGACUUGAUAUGCACUUUGCCGGUUUUUAUUUUUAACCCAUGAAAGAAGAGAUAGAUGAUGCUGUCUUCUUAAAAUAUCUUUUUAUCAUUUAGAUUUUUCCUUAAAAUAAUAUAUCAAAACAAUUUAAAUUAUGUUUGAUUUAUAUGAAAACAUUAUUUUAUGUCUUAACUGCAAUAACACAAUAACUUCCGUUUAACUAAUUAAAAUUUACAUACAGUUAUUUCAUAAAUUGUGUACGCUUUUGCUUAAAUAAAUACCACAUCGAGAAAAUAUGUAUAAAAAUCUCAGAUUUUUAGUUUUUGUUUUGAAACAAUUUUGAUGUAGGGGUGCGUAUAUGAUUAAAAUUAUAAUACUCAUUACGUUUUAAUAAAUUUAUUGGCGUUUUUUGGCUUUAUAUUUUUAAUUUGUUACUGUUAUGUAUUUGUUAAAAUAAAUAAUUAU